UUCUUAGAUUCCCUUAGCGAUCCGAAGGAUCUUGGCCCUUUUUUUAGUCAGAAACCGAUCCGAAGGUUCUUGGCCCUUGUCCUAAAAAGUUAUUACCAUCGUAGCGACAGGUCCAUAUAUAUACUGAAUGUACAGAUCCACCUAAAAACUUAAAAGCUAUCGAAGACGAAGACGUUCUCUGAGUUUCAUAGCUGAAAUUGCUCUUGAAGAUUAGGUUUUUUGUUUACUUUUGUGUUUGUUUCUGUGUGAAUUUUGGGCUGUUUCGAAAUGGCGGGUGUUGAUCAUCUGGCGACCGAGAGGAGCAAGGCUCGUUUCGAUGUGGAGGAGAUGAAGGUCGUCUGGGCCGGUUCUCGCCACACCUUGGAGCUCUCCGAUCGUAUUUCUCGCCUCGUCGCCAGCGAUCCGGCCUUUCGAAAAGAUAACAGGGCUAUGCUAAGUAGAAAGGAUUUAUUUAAAAACACGUUGAGAAAAGCGACGUAUGCGUGGAAACGGAUCAUUGAGCUUCGUCUUUCUGAGGAAGAGGCAUCUAAGUUAAGGUUUUAUGUGGAUGAACCCGCUUUUACGGAUCUUCACUGGGGCAUGUUUGUACCAGCUAUUAAGGGGCAAGGAACUGAGGAGCAGCAACAGAAGUGGUUGCCGUUGGCAUACAAGAUGCAAAUAAUUGGUUGCUAUGCACAAACUGAACUUGGUCAUGGGUCCAACGUUCAAGGGCUUGAAACAACUGCGACAUUCGAUCCCCAAACGGAUGAGUUCAUUAUUCAUAGUCCUACAUUGACUUCAAGUAAGUGGUGGCCUGGAGGAUUGGGUAAAGUUUCCACACAUGCUGUAGUGUAUGCACGUCUUAUUACUGCUGGCCAGGACUACGGUGUGCAUGGUUUUAUUGUCCAGCUGCGGAGUUUGGAUGAUCACUUACCUCUUCCUGGAAUAACUGUUGGUGAUAUUGGAAUGAAAUUUGGAAGUGGAGCAUAUAACACCAUGGACAAUGGUGUCUUAAGACUUGAUCAUGUUCGCAUCCCAAGGGAUCAAAUGUUGAUGAGGGUUUCACAGGUUACCAGGGAAGGAAAAUUUGUGCAAUCCAAUGUUCCACGGCAGCUUGUUUAUGGUACCAUGGUCUAUGUAAGACAAACAAUUGUAGCUGACGCAUCCUGUGCUUUAUCGCGGGCAGUUUGUAUUGCUACUAGGUAUAGUGCUGUUCGUAGGCAAUUUGGUUCACAGAAUGGUGGUGUUGAGACCCAGGUGAUUGAUUACAAAACUCAGCAAAGCAGACUCUUCCCUUUGCUGGCUUCUGCUUAUGCUUUCAGGUUUGUUGGUGAGUGGUUGAAAUGGCUGUAUACGGACGUGACCCAAAGAUUGCAAGCCAGUGAUUUCUCGACAUUACCUGAGGCUCAUGCAUGCACUGCGGGUUUGAAGUCUUUGACUACAACUGCAACUGCUGAUGGAAUUGAAGAAUGUCGGAAAUUGUGUGGCGGCCAUGGUUACUUAUGUAGCAGUGGGCUACCUGAGUUAUUUUCAGUUUACGUUCCUGCCUGCACAUAUGAAGGAGACAACAUUGUUCUGCUUUUACAGGUUGCAAGAUUUCUUAUGAAGACUGUUUCUCAGCUGGGGUCUGGGAAGCAGCCUGUUGGGACAACAGCUUAUAUGGGGAGAGUCGAACACUUGAUGCAAUGUCGCUCUACUGUUCAAAAAGCUGAUGAUUGGUUAAAGCCUAGUGUAAUACUAGAAGCAUUUGAAGCUAGGUCUGCAAGAAUGUCUGUUGCCCGAGCUCAAAACCUUGCCAAGUUUGCAAAUCCGGAAGAGGGCUUUUUGGAACUUUCAGCUGACUUGGUUGAGGCAGCAGUUGCUCAUUGCCAACUGAUUGUUGUUUCUAAGUUCAUUGAGAAACUGCAACAAGACAUACCUGGGAAGGGGGUGAAGGAGCAGUUGGAGAUCCUCUGCAACAUAUAUGCCUUAUUUAUUCUUCACAAACAUGUAGGUGAUUUUCUCUCAACUGGCUGCAUAAGUCCCAAGCAAGCUUCACUUGCGAAUGAUCAGCUAAGAUCUCUAUAUUCCCAGGUCCGUCCUAAUGCAAUCGCCCUUGUUGAUGCAUUUAAUUACACUGACCAUUUUCUUGGGUCGGUUCUUGGGAGAUAUGAUGGUAAUGUGUAUCCAAAACUCUACGAGGAGGCAUGGAAGGAUCCUUUGAAUGACUCAGUUGUGCCUGAUGGCUACGGUGAAUAUAUUCGACCUCUGCUGAAGCAACAGCUCCAUAAUGCGAGGCUUUGAAGAAUAUAUGGCAGUUAUGCAGAUGUUUCCAUACACUUCCUUGAACAUAUACUUCUGGGUUUUAUUAUUGUUAAUAAAACUACUAGGAUGAUCACCACCAGAAGAGGAUAGUUUGCAGUAAAAUAAAGACAGAUACGAUUUCGGGCAAAAUCACCAUAAGGGGCAAUGCUCUUAAAUGAUUUGGCCCCAAAAGAAAGGGGAAAAAAAAGACUAUGCAUAAUGAUAGUGGAUGCAGGGUAAAAUUACCAUUGAUGGCAUCACCCCCACGGUAUUUGUUGACCCUUCUGUUUAUGGUUGAUUCAGGUUCUGGUACACUUUUUAUGCUUCUCA